AAUUAAUAUUUUCUAUUCGUAAAUGCUGUUGUUUUCAUGACGUGUCAAUGUUUACUGUUAUCCAUUCUAGUCAGUAACAUCUAAUAGACUAGUGAGAUGCCAUGAGUGGAGUGGCGAGGAAGAUCAUUGUUGAUGUACUACUACAGGCGGAUGGAUGUCUGACUGACAAUCGUACUAAUAAUACUAAUAGUACUAAUACUAAUAGUAAUACUAUUACUGCCGUCAGUGCCGAAGAAGAAGAGGAUACGGUCACUACCUCGCUAGGUGGAAAAUUGUUGCAGCCGGCUCUGCCACUAUCUCGCUCCACCUCUGAUGGGUCACGUGUGUGCUGCGGUGGCAGCCCGCCGACCAGUCCCAGUCGCACGUCUCCGAUCCUAUUACCAAAGAAGGCUGAGAGCUCGUCUAGUCUGCACCUGUGCAGCCAGCAUUCCACGCAUCCGGGACCGACAUAUCAGGACAACAUGGUAGUAAGAAGCUCCUCAAUGGAAAUCGAUCAGAGAUCUAACGAAGCAGCACCAGAGGGCUCCGGCGGACGUCGCACGCCCGAGUCGUGCAGCAACUUUAGAAUCGAACAGACGACGUUGAAAGUUAGCGAACGCUCGGAACCUCAGAUCUCCAAAGACAUUCCGCGGGUCUGGUCGGACUGGAAGCUUGACCUGCACGACGCCGCCGCCACUGCUGCCAGGCUUGACCGGCCGGCGAGCGGUCAGAAGACUCCGGACGUGCACGCGGCGGCCAGGGAGGGCAGGGGAGACCAGCCGACGCUGAAGCCGCUGGAGCUAGGCUCCACGGCGACGCAGCAGCCAAAGAUAGAUAAGCCGUGUGACGGAGGAGGCGGGGGAGGAGGAGGCGGUGGAGGCGGGAACAAGGCGCCGUCGAAGGGCGGGGAGAAGAAGAAGAAGACCUGCUCGGAACCUCAGAUCUCCAAAGACAUUCCGCGGGUCUGGUCGGACUGGAAGCUUGACCUGCACGACGUCGCCGCCACUGCCGCCAGGCUUGACCGGCCGGCGAGCGGUCAGAAGACUCCGGACGUGCACGCGGCGGUCAGGGAGGGCAGGGGAGACCAGCCGACGCUGAAGCCGCUGGAGCUAGGCUCCACGGCGGCGCAGCAGCCAAAGAUAGAUAAGCCGUGUGACGGAGGAGGCGGGGGAGGAGGAGGCGGUGGAGGCGGGAACAAGGCGCCGUCGAAGGGCGGGGAGAAGAAGAAGAAGACCUGGUACAAUGUGAGUAUCGUCGCUGUCGCGCAGUUCCUCUAG